UGGGCUUAACACUGUACGUAAUUCAUCCUUUAGUUAAAUUAUUUAUGUAGCCAACUUAAGAAUAUAGGCUAAUUUGCAGGUUGCCACUUUACAGAAUGAAUUAAAAACAAUAUUAAGCUAUGUCUAAACACAAAAUUGUGAAAUGGUUAAGGCACUCUGCUCAAAAUAGCUGAUGGUAUCUCUGUUAAAGAAUAAAGUCAUCCAGGGGAUUUUGCUAAUCCGUCUUGGGGAGGAGGAUGCCAUGUGUAAACUCCUUAACUCAUCCAUGAGCCUCUGAUUUAUGCUGAACGAGAGCUCUGUGUCGUAAUUCCGUUGACAACAUGUUCUCUCUCUCUCUCGUGUAACUUAAAUUGCGAUCAUAAUUGACAUUUUACUCCUGAAGUUAGCUACUCCCAGCAACGAACUGUCGCGCUGUUCCUAAAGGCAACCGAUAGAUGGCGAUGUUUAGGCAUUACUGAAUGAACGUCAAGCGCAAUGGUGUCCGUAUCGCCGUCGACAUGGCAAAGGCUCCAGAUACUUUACCAAUGGGUCCUAGAAAACGGAGACAAGAGGACAGAUGGAUGGCUAUUAGUUUAUUCUCCCAUGCCUGUCUGUGGCAUAUUCCUCUGUUACCUUGUCAUCAUCUGGCUUGGCCCCAAACUGAUGACUCACAGAGAACCAGUCAACAUCAAGGCUAUUCUUAUUAUUUACAAUUUUUCCAUGGUGUGCCUUUCUGCUUACAUGUUUUAUGAGUUCACAGCAUCAUCUUGGUUGGCAAAUUACAGCUUGCUGUGUCAGCCUGUGGACUACUCUGAAAACCCCCUUGCAAUGCGGAUGGCCAGAGUGUGCUGGUGGUUUUACUUCUCAAAAGUCAUUGAACUUACUGAUACUAUGUUCUUCAUUCUGAGGAAGAAGAACAAUCAACUGACCUUUCUACAUGUGUAUCAUCACGGCACCAUGAUUUUCAACUGGUGGGCCGGGGUCAAGUAUGUUGCGGGAGGGCAGUCAUUCCUUAUUGGCCUCAUAAACUCUCUUGUGCAUGUGGUGAUGUAUAUGUACUAUGGCCUGGCAGCACUGGGCCCACAGAUGCAGAAAUACUUAUGGUGGAAACGCUACCUCACUUCCCUCCAACUGCUCCAGUUCUUUAUUGUGACUAUUCACACUGCGUUCAACCUCUAUGCUGACUGUGACUUCCCUGACUCCAUGAAUAUGGUGGUGUUCGGCUACGCCCUCAGCCUAAUCGCUUUGUUCAGUAACUUUUAUUAUCAGAGCUAUCUUUCCAAGAAGACAAAGAUAACAUGAUUGCGUGGAGAUGGGAUGUAUACGUUGAUUGUUUGAAUAAAAAUGUAUCAUCAGACUGAA